CUCUCAUCUGAGCUUGAGCUGUUGAUGAGUUAUCCAAAAAUGGCGCCAACCACAGAGGAGAGAGAGCCGGCAAGAACAAUUGAGGUGGUGGAAAUGGGAAGAAGAAGAAGCUUUAGUUCAUCAUUUCGACAACAAACUUCUUUGAGUUUCAGAAGCAGCUCGUCAGUGGCGGCCGAGGAGGACGGUGACGCUGAAGAAGCUUCGGUUUGGGCAGCGAUUGAGAGAUUGCCGACGUUUGAACGGUUGAGAUCGUCGCUGUUCGACAGUGGAGUAGAGGAGAAGGAGAAAGGAAGAAGAGUUGUGGAUGUCGCUAAGCUGCGCGAUGUGGAGCGUCGUCUAUUUAUUCAAAAACUUAUUAAACACAUUGAAAAUGAUAAUCUCAGACUCUUGACAAAAGUUAGAGAGAGAAUCCACAAAGUUGGUGUAAAGUUUCCAACUGUGGAAGUGAAGUACAAAAAUGUGCAUAUUGAAGCAGACUGCGAGGUUGUUCGUGGAAAAGCUCUUCCAACUCUUUGGAAUUCUCUUCAAACCACCCUUUUGGACAUCAUCAAAUUUUGUGGUUCAAAGUCCCAAGAGGCUAAAAUUGACAUAAUUGAGGAUGUCAGUGGUUUCAUCAAGCCAGGAAGGUUAACUCUGCUGCUUGGGCCCCCAGGAUGUGGGAAGACCACACUACUAAAAGCCCUCUCUGGAAAUCUCAACAAAUCUCUCAAGAUCACCGGAGAAAUUUGUUACAAUGGACGCAAACUUGAAGAAUUUGUUYCCCAAAAAAUUUCUGCAUACAUUAGUCAGAAUGAUCUACACAUCCCCGAGAUGACUGUGAGGGAAACUCUAGAUUUUUCGGCUCGAUGUCAGGGUAUUGGAAGUCGAGCAGAUAUGAUGAAGGAGGUUAGUAAAAGGGAGAAGGAAGAAGGGAUUAUUCCAGAUCAUGAUGUUGAUACCUACAUGAAGGCUAUUUCUGUCCAAGGAUUAAUACAAACUCUUCAAACUGACUACAUUCUCAAGAUCCUUGGGCUUGAUAUUUGUGCUGACACUCUAAUUGGAGAUGCCAUGAGAAGGGGUAUUUCAGGUGGUCAAAAGAAGAGAUUAACCACAGGAGAAAUGAUUGUUGGUCCAAAUAGAGCCUUGUUCAUGGAUGAAAUUACAAAUGGAUUGGACAGCUCCACUGCUUUCCAAAUUGUUUCUUGUCUACAACAUCUAGCUCAUCUUACAGAUGCUACAUUACUUGUUUCUCUUCUCCAGCCAGCUCCUGAGACCUUCGAUCUCUUCGAUGAUAUUAUCUUGAUGGCGAAAAAGAAGAUCAUAUAUCACGGCCCUCGCGAUCAAGUUCUUCAAUUCUUCGAGGAUCGUGGGUUCAAGUGUCCUGAGAGGAAAGGCGUCGCAGAUUUUCUUCAAGAGGUCAUUUCGAAAAAAGAUCAACCACAAUUUUGGUACCGUAACGAAAUUCCAUCUGCAUAUGUCUCUGUCGACACAUUUUGUAGAAAUUUCAAGUCAUCGAGUUUAGGAAGGAAGCUCGACGAGGAGGUCUCAAAACCUUUCAAUACAUCCAAAAGCCCUUGCAAUUGUGUUUCUUUUGGUGUAGCAAGUGUCUCUAAAUGGCAAGUGUUUAAAGCUUGCACGUCGAGGGAACUCCUCCUCAUGAAAAGAAAUUCAUUUAUCUAUGUGUUCAAAACUACUCAGCUUUUCAUUCUUGGUUCGAUUACAAUGACGGUAUUUCUUCGAACUCGAAUGGAAGUCGAUCUUCAGCACGCUAACUACUACAUGGGAGCCCUAUUUUUUGCAUUGAUUUUACUACUUGUGGAUGGAGUUCCAGAGUUGGCAAUGACCAUCCAAAGGCUGGAAGUAUUCUAUAAACAGAAAGAAUUCAACUUCUAUCCGGCAUGGGCUUAUGCAAUUCCAGCUGCCAUUUUAAAGAUCCCUCUUUCACUAAUUGAAGCAUUAGUGUGGACAUGUCUUACUUAUUAUGUCAUUGGUUUCAGCCCUCAGGCUAACAGGUUCUUUCAACAGUUUAUGCUUCUAUUCGCGGUGCAUCUAUCAUCAUUAUCGAUGUUUCGAUUGAUAGCUUCAAUAUUCCAGACCAAUGUUGCUUCCAUGACAGUAGGCAGUUUUGCAAUAUUACUAGUCUUGUUAUUUGGUGGCUUCAUCAUCACACAUCCCUCCAUGCCAGCUUGGUUGGAAUGGGUUUUCUGGGUUUCUCCAAUUAGUUAUGGAGAAAUUGGUCUCUCUAUCAAUGAGUUUCUUGCUCCGAGGUGGCAAAAGAUCGAAACUACGAACGGUACUACGAUAGGGCAUGCAGUUCUUCAAAGUCGAGGACUCGAUUAUCAUCAAUACUUCUACUGGAUUUCACUCGGAGCAUUGUUCGGAUUUGCCCUAAUUUUCAAUACUGAUAUACAUUCUCCACAAAUCACAGUGGAAGAAUCUCUAAUUUUCUCUGCUUGGCUUCGUUUGGCAUCCGACAUUGAUUCAAAAACAAAAGCACAAUUUGUGAAUGAAGUCCUUGAAAUCAUUGAACUUGAUAGCAUAAAGGAUUCCUUAGUUGGUGUACCUGGUGUCAGCGGUCUAUCAACCGAGCAGCGUAAACGAUUAACCAUAGCUGUGGAGCUUGUUUCCAACCCCUCUAUCAUCUUCAUGGAUGAGCCUACCACUGGUUUGGAUGCCAGAGCAGCCGCUAUUGUCAUGCGUGCGGUCAAGAAUGUAGCAGAUACUGGUAGAACAAUAGUUUGUACGAUCCACCAACCGAGUAUCGACAUCUUUGAAUCAUUUGAUGAGUUGAUUCUUCUUAAAACUGGCGGUUGUAUGAUCUACUGCGGGCCACUUGGACAUCAAUCAAGUAAGGUUAUCGAAUAUUUUGAGCAUAUUUCUGGGGUUUCAAAGAUCAGAGAGAACUACAAUCCUGCAACAUGGAUGUUAGAGGUUACCUCUCCAUCAUCAGAAGCUGAACUUGGCAUAGAUUUUGCUCAAGUAUAUAGGAAUUCUGCUCUAUAUGAGAAUAACAAAGAACUUGUGGAGCAGUUGAGUAUUCCACUUCCUGGUUCGAGCGAUUUGCAUUUCUCAAACGUCUUUUCCCAAAGUUUCAUGGGACAGUUCAAGGCUUGCCUUUGGAAACAAAACUUGUCUUAUUGGCGGAGUCCUUCUUAUAACUUGAUGCGUUUCAUACAUACAGUUGUAUCGUCUUUGAUUUUUGGGAUAGUAUUCUGGAACCAGGGAAAKCAGCUAGAAAACCAGCAGAAUGUAUUCAAUAUCUUCGGUUCAAUGUACACUACUGUAAUCUUCCUUGGCAUCGACAACUGCUCAUCAGUCCUUCCUUAUGUAUCAAUGGAGAGAACUGUGAUGUACAGAGAAAGGUUUGCUGGGAUGUAUUCUUCAUGGGCUUAUUCACUUGCACAGGUGAUUGUUGAGGUUCCGUACCUGUUUGUACAAGUAGCUGCCUAUGUAAUUAUCAGUUACCCAAUGAUCGGAUACUACGGAUCAGCAUCCAAAGUAUUUUGGUGUUUCUACUCAAUUUUUUGUGCACUUCUCUACUUCAAUUAUCUUGGGUUGCUGCUUGUCUCCAUCACACCAAACUUUUACAUUGCUAACAUUUUGUCCUCUGCCUUCUACACCAUCUUCAAUCUCUUUUCUGGCUUUCUCGUCCCGAAACCGCAAAUCCCAAGGUGGUGGAUGUGGUUGUAUUAUAUGUCCCCAACAUCAUGGACUUUGAAUUGUUUGCUAACUUCACAAUAUGGAGAUAUAGACAACACUUUGAAUGUGUUUGAAGAAAARACAACAGUUUCAGGUUUCUUGAGAGAUUACUUUGGGUUUCACCACAAUCAACUUCCCCUBGUGGCACUCAUUCUCAUCCUCUUCCCUAUUGUAUUGUCUUUUCUUUUUGCAUUUUGUGUAGGAAAAWUAAACUUCCAAAGAAGGUAAACAAAUAAUUUCCUUACCAGACCAAAUAUAUAAUUUUGUCCAAGAAUAAUCUUGAAAUGUUUAUGGAGA